UUUGUGUUUGUGUGUGGGUGGUGUCUUAUGCUAGAACGUACUUAGCUAUAGCAUAUCUCUCUCUCUCUCUCACACACACAACAAAUCUAAUAUGUUGAGCGUUGAUUCUAAAAAGCCAUUGCUCAAGCGCACAAAGAUUUCCUUGAUUAACCCCAAGCAUGCUAGAAGGAUAUUGGCAAAAAGAAAAUUCUUUGCAAGAUUAAGACUUACUAGGUUAAAGAGAUAUAUUCAAAGAAGGAACAUCGAGAAUGAGCGGCUGCGAAUCAAUGAUGAGGAGAUUCACUCACUAAAUGUACAAAUUGAAGCUGAAUUAUGGGAGAGAUUUAAGCAACAUUUGAAAGAAGAAAUUAGAAACAGAGUGAGGCAAUUAUUCUACCGCAACCAUCCAGUUAUGUUCGCUUUUUUAGUUGCACAAAUAUUUCAACAAGAAAAUGAAGAUGGCGAGAAGGAUGAGGAGGAGGAGGAGAAUGAAGAUGAGGACGAGGAUAAAGAUGAGGAGAAAUAAGAGGACAUGUGAUAUUAAUAAAUUGACUUUGAAAUUAAAUAAGACAGAGUGAUAUUAAUAAGAGGACAAGUGAUAUUUCAUUUUAUAUGUAUUUUUUAGCAAGCAAGGAUUUAAAGACUUCACAUUGUUUUUACUUCUCUGUCACCUUGAAUUUAUAUUUGUCAUGUUUAAGAAUUUGUUGUUCUUUUUUAUGGAUUCCAGUA